UUGGCAUUGUCUCAGCCAUGUCUAAUUCAACAUCUAUACAGAACAAAUUACCGCUUUCAGUAAGGCUGACACUUGUUGUACCAUCUGUUGUCUUCUUGUGUGUCUUCCUCUACUUCAUCACAGUCAUAACCCGAGUCUACUGGAACACUCCUCACGUCCGUGAGACCUCUCGUUACAUUCUGUUCUUCCACAUGCUCAUGUAUGAUACCUUGUACCUCCUGUUGGGAUUCCUGUUGAUGAUGGCCUCUCAGCUUUCUCUAACCAUGCUUGUCUCCAUCUGCUACAUCUUAGUGACCAUUGGAGAAACGACUUACUUGAUAACUCCAUACAUCUUGGCAACAAUGGCCCUGGAACGUUAUUCAUCAGUGUGUUUUCCAUUAAGACAUGUGGAAUUAUGUACCGCACAAAGGUCUAACGUAACAGUGGCAGUGCUAUGGAUGGUUUCACUGGCCCUUAGAGCUGUAGAUUUCAUCCUAUUAGCUAAAUCUGUGAAUAGAGAUUUUUUCGGUCAUUAUGUGGUAUGUAACAGGUAUGUACUAAUUGUGGACCCAGUUCAAGGCUUAGUGGGAAUCAGCAAAACUGUGCUCAGCUUGGCAUUGGUAGGACUUGUCAUAAUAUAUACAUAUAUCAGAAUUUUAAUGGUGGCAUUAAAGAUUGGCUCUGGGAAGUCUUCUGCAUUAAAGGCAUCUAAAACGGUUCUGCUCCACGCAUUUCAGCUCCUUUUUUACAUCAUAUCUUUGACUUCUCCAAUAGUUGAAGAUCAUUUUGAUGAAUUUAAAUUAGUCAUACAGUAUAUAGCUUUCUUGGUGUUUAUGUGCUUUCCAAGAUUUCUUGGGCCCUUAAUUUAUGGGUUAAGAGAUGAAGCUUUUCGCAAAUGUAUACAGAAGACUUUAGGGAUUGGCCUCUAUAAUAAAAGAUUGUAAGCAAGCGCGAUUCAUAGGGCUGGCCAUAAAAGAUUGAAUCCUUAUGCCCCGUAUACACGAUCGUUUUUCCCGUCGGAUAAAAGUUGGACGGUUUUUCAGACGGAUUUCCUCUCAAGCCUGCCUUGCGCACACA